UGGUACCGUCCCUCUGCCAGCCCUCGCAUCUGUUCCCAUGGCAACAGACAACAAACACACUUUCAAUCAAACGUUAAGAAGCUUAACAUCUAUGACAUAAAAUUGAGUUCGUGUUAUUCAUCCGUGAAUCUUGUUCAUAACUACACUGCAACAACUACACCUUUAGAGUGACUAACGCGGCUAGGGGUGGAGAUAUUAAUCCAUUCUCAGCUAACCUGGACAUCACUAACUACACGAACUAACUACAAUCACUAAACAUGAGACUAGGAUCCAGCUCAAGGUCUUCAAGGAGCAGCUCUGAUAGCCGCCGCUACCGCAAGCUGGCACCUACCUCUCAGGUGGACGAAACCCUGUUUGGGAGCUCAACACCAGCAUCAUCGGAGCCGGACAAACGUGUAAAGUCAGCCUCUAAACCCAAGAAUGAGUCCCAGAGGAACCAAGACGAGGAGCCUGUUCAAAUCAUCACCAAAGACCUCAUUCGCAGUCUCAGGAUCCCAUUCAAGGAUCCUCCUGGAGAAUCCAUUAUUCUGCCUUCAGCUGAGUUUGAGCGGAUCACCUCAGCAUGCCGGGUCCUCACCAAGGAGGAGAAGGUGGCCCAGAAGGAGGCUUAUCAGAUGAAGAAAGAGGCAGACAUUAGAGCUAUAGAAGAAAGGAAGCGACAGAUCUUUGAAGCUGACCUGUCCCGUAAGGAGAACAAGGCCCUGACUGAGCUGGAGCUCGAGGCCCAGGAGCAUGCCCAGCACCUGGUGGAGCGGGCCAAUGUGUUAAGGAUGGAGCAAGAGGAAGAGAUAAAGCAGCUCAACCAGUUGAUUCUUGGUGCUCAGUGUCAAGCUACACGUGAUGCCCAGAUUCAGGAGAAGAAACAGAUACAGACAGAGUUGUUAGACGAGGAGAAGCGUCUGGAUGCCAUGAUGGAGGUGGAACGCCGCAAAGCAUUGGAGUCUGAGGAGCAGAUUGAUGACCUGCGCAAGCACCAGAGGAUCAGUGGGAUGCAACAAAUUUACGACCAGAUUCAAAAACGUCUGGAGGACCAGAAAAUGCAGGAGGAGAUGAAAGAGCAAGAGAGACAGCAGAUCCAGGAGCAGCAGGAGAAAAUGAACCUGGAAGACCUCAAGGCCUUGGAGAAGAAGAAGGAGGAGCAACAACAUCUGCAGGAAGAGAUCAUGCGCAUUAAUGCCGAGACCAUGCGGGCCAAAGAGCAGCGAAGAGAGGAGGAGAAGCUGGCUGACAUGAGGGAUGUGGAGUACAUCCGAAACAAACUGGAGCGAGAGGCAGAAUAUGAAGCAGAACAGAGACGAAUCAAGAAAGAGAAAGAGCUCGAGAUUGCCAGGAUGAGGGCUCGCCAGGAAAAGGCUAAAGACUAUAAGGCAGAGCAGGAUGAGCUCCGUGCUCGAAGGCACCAAGAAAGUGUAGACCGAGAAUGGAGGCAAAAAGAGAAAGAGCUGGCUGCGAAGAAGGCUCAGGAAGAAGCCAUGCUGAGGGCAGAUCGCUCAGAGCAGGUUCAUCGAAAAGAGCACCUCCUCUCAAUCGAGGCUGGCAGGGAGAAGGCGGAGUUUGAGAUGGUGCUCAAAGCUCAACAGGAAGCAAGCAUCAAAGACAAGGAGGAGGAGGAGAAGAGGCGUCAGAAAGCGCAUCGUCACGCAGAGGCCAUCCGACAUCAGGUGAAGGAACGUGAGCUGUCAGCCAUAGCCAAGCGCAAAGAGAUCUUCAAGGACGCUGAGCGGUUGAUUGAAGAAGCCCGGCAGAGACGUAUGCGCCUCGAGGAGGUCAGAGAGAAGAAGCUGAAAGAGCUCAAGGCAACAGGGCUCUCGGAAAAAUACUGCAGUGAAGUGGAAAGGAAGGCCCGGCCCUACAUACUUUGAUCCAAAAUGCAGCCAGCACAUAUUACACGGUUUCAUUUAAAGAGAAAAACUAUGUUUCAAUUAUAAAUAUAAUUUGAAUGUAAUAAGAAUGUUCCAGUCAAACUUAUAAACAAAUUUCAUUGUUGUUUCAUGGCUGUUUGAUGAGAUUUUAACAUUUGACAUUUUAGUAAUGUAUGGUGUUUCAAAGGACUCUUUGAAUGUGAAUGUGAAAGUAUAUUGCAAAAAUAAAACAAAAUAAAGUGACUUUUUGAGA